AUGUUCCUUCCCCAUGCCACUUUCCCGAGCUCGUUCAAGGGAUCUCUCGUAACUGCAAAUACCGUCAUCCAAGUAUACGCGUUGACUUGCGCCUCGUCUUGCGCCUCGACCGAUUUCCCGGAACAGACCAUCACACACAUCUCGGGAUCAUCAUGGGCCGGAAACCACGUUAUUUCAGGGUCGAGAACGUCCUGGGACUGCAACUUGGCGGAGAAGCGAUGUGCUAUGACUACGGUCAAGGCUAAAGAGUCCAACGCCGAACUGCCCACACAAUCGGAGAGCGGGACCACCUGCUACAUGCAGUCUCAUUCCGUCAUGGUCGUUAUCACGGCCGGUACGGACAAGCCAUACUCAUACUCCACCGACUUCUACGAUGACGGAGGGGACGCUGAUGACUGGCCAUCGAUUCAAAGCUCGGCGUUCUCUUCCAUGCAUUGUCCGUCUUCGCCCGCAGCGGCCAGUGCAACCACUUCAGUUGAAUCAACUCAAACAGCUCGUAACGAGCAGCGAAACUCUGCGACAACAGCUUCUGAGACAGCCUCUGCUAGUAUUGAGGAGACAUCUUCGACCAGCAGCCCCAGCUCGACGGGCUCCGAUGCACCGAAGGGACAUGGACACUUUACUGGAGUGCCAAAGUCACUCGUGUUGGUGGGACUCACUGUGACACUCGGAUUUUUUGCAACUCUGUAG